CCAAGACCAGGUCAGCCUCUUCAAGUCUAGGUAAACCCGCCAUGGCGUCCGUUGUUGUUGCUGUCCUCCUGGUUGCUGCCGCCGUCAAUGCACUUCCACCUCUCAACUCGCGACAGAGUAUCACGGCUUUGACGACGUCGCAGAUCGACCACUUCACACCAUAUACGCAUUACGCCAGCGCAGGGUACUGCACAAACACGCAGACGCUCGCAUGGAACUGUGGCACCAACUGUAACGCCAAUCCGAACUUCAAACCAGUUGCCUCCGGAGGUAAUGGCGACUCUGUUCAGUACUGGUUCGUCGGAUAUGACCCAAAUUUGAAUACGGUGAUCGUCUCCCACCAAGGCACGAAUCCCUCUGAAAUUCUGCCCCUCAUCACCGAUGCUGAUUUCUUUCUGACCACCCUGGAUUCGACAUUGUUCCCGGGUAUCAGCUCGGGUAUCGAAGUUCACAACGGCUUCGGAAACGCUCAGGCUAGUACCGCCACUGAUGUCCUUGCCGCCGUCAAAUCCGCCAUGUCCGCUCACGGCACCACGUCGGUCACUAUGGUUGGUCACUCUCUUGGUGCCGCGAUCACCCUGCUUGAUUCUGUAUAUCUCCCCCUCUGGCUUCCUGCGGGAACGACCUUCCAGACCAUUUGUUAUGGCCUUCCUCGUGUUGGGAACCAAGCCUUUGCCAAUUAUGUCGACGCACAUGUCCAUCUCACACACAUCAACAAUGAGGAGGACCCAAUCCCCAUCUGCCCCGGUAUGUUCCUGGGCUUCGUGCACCCCGCAGGCGAGGUGCACAUUGAAGACUCUGGCGAAUGGGCUGCCUGCCCUGGGCAAGAUAACCCAAGCACUCAGUGCAUCGUUGGUGAUGUCCCCGAGAUCUUUGAUGGUACCGAAUCUAACCACGAUGGGCCAUAUAAUGGCGUCGAGAUGGGCUGUUGAACUGGCGCGAUUUGAGCUGAAGAUACCCCUUCUGUUUUGCAUGUCACUUUCAUUCCCGGUGUUGUAUUUUUCCGGUAUUCGGACUCCUUUGGUGAAACGUAUUCCCAGAAGUAGCUGUUGGGAACAGACGGCUCAAACUUAUCAUUGAUGAGGGAUACAUUAAAGCGGCCACCGGCAUGAACCAUAUUCAAAUUGGAUGAAUGAUCAGCCAGAGCGUUAUUAUUCUAUAUCAUCAUGGAUUAGUUCACCGCCAGCACGGACUAGCUCGGAGGUCUGUCAAGCCGGUUGGCAGAACGUUCUGCCCUUCGAUUCAGUGGUUUCGUCCGCAUCGAAGUCGUAGUACAGAACAGCGUAAUUUACAUAUUCAAUAACUUUCACAGGACGCAACUUGGGAAGCAAUGUUAAAAACUGACUGAGUAGGAC